AUGGCUGAAGUUACCACCACAACAGCAGUAGUCAAUCCAUUGGCUGAUCCAACACUUGAUUCUGGAGAUAAUGCAUGGAUGAUGACAUCAACAGCAUUAGUUUUUUUAAUGACACCAGCAUUAGCCUUCUUCUAUGGUGGGAUGGUUCACCGAAAAAAUAUAUUAAAUCAAUUAUUUCUGUCAUUUAUCUGUAUGGGAAUUGUAACAUCUCAAUGGUGCCUAUUUGGAUUUAGUUUUGCGUUCGGUCCUGGCAACAGUGCAUUCGGAUCGUUUAAAUUUGGUGCAUUGAGGUUUCCUGGUGAUCCAUCCCAUCUGUAUGGUGAACGUGAUGAUCCAAAUAAUUCACCGACAUUUCCUCUGCUGACAUACGCAGCUUUUCAGGCAGCCUUUGCGGUUAUCACUCCAGCAUUAAUCAGUGGUGCUAUCGUUGGAAGAAUGAAAAUGAUUUCGUAUUUGAUAUUUAUCUCCGUGUGGACGACCGUUUGUUAUGAUCCACUAGCAAGAUGGGUGUUCAGUUAUCAAGGGUGGUUACAUAAGUACGGAACGCUAGACUUUGCUGGUGGUACUGUAAUUCAUAUAUCGAGUGGAGUAGCAGGUUUAGUAUCUUCAUUAAUACUAGGAAAACGUACUGAUUAUGACCCGACAAAGCACGAUGUUGCUCAUAAUUUACCAUUUACACUAUUAGGAACCGGUCUUUUAUGGAUCGGAUGGAUUGGCUUCAAUGAUUGA